GGUAAUAGUAUGUGUACAUGUUCUGCACACUCGGACUGGAACACAGCACCUUCUACCACGACUCUAAAGAACAUCCCGACAAGGGAAUUGGUUCCAUCGUUGUGGUGCGGUGGGGGCGGAGUGAUACGACAGAGGUCGACCGGUUGGGUGUGUGUAGUUCCGGCAGAAGCGGACAUCUUGUUGAGUAACUGCGGAGAAGACAAGAGCAAGGGAGAGGGACAGAAGGAGGGACGGUGUAACCGGCUAUAGCCAGCGUUUUAAGAGAUAUCAAAACCAGUCACAGAGAAAGCCACCCUCCAGUCGUUUGUACUGGUUGUGUUAUCACUGUUUACUGUGUGACUCUGGGGGAGAGCGUGACGAUUUUUUUUUUUUUUGUUACUGGCGAAUUUCAACUCGGAACAGAUUAUCCCCCUCCCCUACCCCCCCUUGAUAACCACAAAGAAAAAGAAUGGCGCUGAAACGAAUUCACAAGGAGCUGAAUGACUUGGCACGGGAUCCACCAGCACAGUGUUCUGCGGGUCCAGUUGGAGAUGACAUGUUUCACUGGCAAGCCACAAUCAUGGGACCUAAUGAUAGUCCAUAUCAGGGUGGUGUAUUCUUCUUGACAAUUCAUUUUCCCACAGACUACCCUUUCAAACCUCCUAAGGUUGCAUUUACAACAAGAAUUUAUCACCCAAAUAUUAACAGUAAUGGCAGCAUCUGCCUCGAUAUUCUAAGAUCACAGUGGUCUCCUGCAUUAACUAUUUCUAAAGUUCUUUUGUCCAUUUGUUCGCUGUUAUGUGAUCCUAACCCAGAUGAUCCACUAGUGCCAGAGAUUGCACGCAUCUACAAAACAGAUAGGGAAAAGUAUAAUAGACUAGCAAGAGAGUGGACAGAAAAGUAUGCAAUGCUUUAGGGUACAACAGAAUAGCCCGGGAAUGGACUCAGAAGUAUGCGAUGUGAUGCUACCUUGUGGAAGUUGGAACAGUCUGCAUUAUAGCUGGAAUAAACUUUAAAUUACUGGUUUUUUUUUUUUUUUUUUUUGGCUGCUCCCCUUAUCAGACCAUAUCUUUUUUACCCCCAUUUGUGCACAUGCUCUUGUAAGAAGAAAGUUCCUCCAGCUUGGACAAGACCAGCUUUAUGAAUUUCAGAAGUAGUUUUCAUCAAUCGCCCAAAGUUCAGAACUCUUAAUGGAGCAUGUGUCUACAUGGCCAAUACCUUCACAGCCCUUGGUUAUGAGACUAAACAUAUCUCAUUGCUCUAACAAAUGCUGAAGAUGUUGAUGCAAAAAAGGAUGAUCUUGCGUUAUCAACCAUCUUUGUUAAGGAUCACUUUGAUGCUGGGAUAGCAUCUGCCUUGUAAGGUUUUCCGAUAACGUUAGAAUUGAGGUUGAUCAAUUAUUUUAUGCUCAUAACUGACAUUGUGGAUGGAUAAUCACAGCAGAGUGUACGCGUCAGCGGUACAGAAAAUAAAUGCUGUAUUUUAUGCAUGUUAAUAAAGGAAUGACCAGUUUGUUCUGCAGCAAAUGGAAAUCAGGUGGGAGAGGGUGGGCAGGGGUGGGAGAGUAGGGGGUGGGAAUUCUCAAAAAUCCCCAGGUAGGGUCAUUACAUUUUUGUAAUUUUUUUUUCUUUUUUUUCUGGUUUUUCUUUCUUUUUAGAAGUCGGGAGCUAUUAGUUAAUCUAUCUUCCACAACACCGUUUUACGUAGCACUGAAUAAAUGAUGCAAAGCUGUCAAUGGUUGAAUGAUCAACUAAUAGCUCUGCUAGUUAUUGAUUUAUUUUCCUCAAUAAAGUUGCAUAAACCAAUA